UCCCUGUGUGCACUAAAAGCGUCAGUAACAGAUCCAAGAGAUGGAAAGAGAGUAGCACUCAAAAAGAUGCCCAACGUCUUCCAGAAUCUGGUCUCUUGCAAAAGAGUCUUCCGGGAAUUGAAGAUGUUGUGUUUUUUUAAACAUGAUAAUGUACUCUCUGCCCUUGACAUACUCCAACCUCCACACAUUGACUAUUUUGAAGAAAUAUAUGUUGUCACAGAAUUGAUGCAGAGUGACCUACAUAAAAUUAUCGUCUCUCCUCAGCCACUCAGCUCGGAUCAUGUCAAAGUUUUUCUUUAUCAGAUUUUGCGAGGUUUGAAAUAUCUCCAUUCAGCUGGCAUUUUGCAUCGAGACAUUAAGCCAGGGAACCUCCUUGUGAACAGCAAUUGUGUUCUAAAGAUUUGUGAUUUUGGAUUGGCCAGAGUGGAGGAAUUGGAUGAAUCCCGUCAUAUGACUCAGGAAGUAGUUACUCAGUAUUACCGGGCUCCGGAGAUCCUGAUGGGCAGCCGUCAUUACAGCAAUGCUAUCGACAUCUGGUCUGUCGGGUGCAUCUUUGCAGAGCUACUGGGCCGAAGAAUAUUGUUUCAGGCGCAGAGUCCCAUUCAGCAGUUGGAUUUGAUCACAGAUCUGUUGGGCACGCCAUCACUGGAAGCAAUGAGGACAGCUUGUGAAGGUGCUAAGGCACACAUACUCAGGGGUCCUCAUAAACAGCCAUCUCUUCCUGUGCUCUACACCCUCUCCAGCCAGGCCACACAUGAAGCUGUUCACCUGCUUUGCAGGAUGUUGGUCUUUGAUCCAUCAAAAAGAAUAUCCGCUAAGGAUGCCUUAGCCCACCCCUACCUAGAUGAAGGGCGGCUGAGAUACCAUACGUGUAUGUGCAAGUGCUGCUUUUCCACCUCGACGGGGAGAGUCUACACCAGUGACUUUGAGCCUGUCACCAACCCCAAAUUUGAUGACACCUUUGAGAAGAACCUCAGCUCUGUCCGACAGGUUAAAGAAAUUAUCCACCAGUUCAUUCUGGAACAGCAGAAAGGAAACAGAGUGCCUCUCUGCAUCAACCCGCAGUCCGCUGCCUUUAAGAGCUUUAUUAGUUCCACCGUCGCUCAGCCGUCUGAGAUGCCGCCAUCUCCUCUGGUGUGGGAGUGACUGUGGAAGACACUGUACUACUGAAGAUGUAAUGUAGCUUUCACUGGAGUCUGGGAUUUGCAAUUCUGGAGGGUUAAUCAUGCUUGUACUGUAAUUUUACUAAUGAAGUUUUAAAUUAACAACCACUACUUGUAUGAUAUGAAUAAUAUUUAGAAAUGUUACUAGACUUUUAAUCUUGUAAAGUGGUUGUGCUUUUAGAAGAAAAAAAAAUAUUUUACCCAGAGUUGCACAUGGUUAAAGAAUUCAGUGCAGCUGUUACGGCUCACCUCAGAACAAAUGAAAAUUGAACCAAAUUUGGGCAUUUGGGGUUUAUGUUUUUAUUUUAUUAUUAUUAUUUUUUAAUGAAGUAAGAUUGUUCACAUGUAUACACUCAGACACAGAGGACAGUCAUACAUUUUGAUAUUUGAGCCAUUCCUAAAGAUUAAGGGUUUUCUAAAACUAAAGAAUCUAGAAAGCUUGCCAGUGACCAAUCAUGGAGCCUUGUGAGCUGACUGUGGCUGCGCCUGGGGCAUGGGCAGGAGGGGCCACCUAAUGAUGAAGCCUGUGAUUGGCUUCUCAUUAGAGCCGUGCUGGUGGUGUGUGCUGUUUAACCUCCAAUGCUGUGCGUAGAGAGAAUGAGUUUGUGGCUAGGAGAAACUAACCCUCUGUUUCCCUUACCCGGUAUAAAUAUAUAUAUACAUAUAUAUAUUUAAUCUAUUUUUAUUAGAAGUUUUUCUGCUCUUUCUUACAUAAAAAAAAAAAGACCCAAGCAUGCAUCUUUCAUGUAUGUAAAUAAUUCAUUUCUGGGCUAAUUUCAAAAGAAUCCCAACACUGCUGUAUAGAGAACUAGCUUGCACAUUUUAGGUCUGUGAAAUUCUGUGAGACUUUUCCUGCACUGGACAGUGAAAAAUAAUAAAUAAAAGACAAAAAGAAAUUAAAAAAAAAAAAUUACAGCCACAAAGGCACAUAGGGAAUCAUGUCAAAUGUGUUUGUGUCCUUAGGCAAAGCUGUGGGAGUCUUGAGAUGUCACAGUAGUAAAUAACUUAUUACUUUUUUGACAAAUUCUUUUUCCUGCUGGAACACUGAACUCUGUGCAUAUGUAAAUAUGAGCACCAAUCGAAGGCCUCUACCUCCUGGAGUUACACAGCUCGGCUUGUUACCUCCACACGCUGAUGAUGACUCUUUUGGUUUUUUUUAAGUUCAAUGUGGAGACUUGAAACUUGAAUGUCCCUUCCAACUUUUAUAUUAAAAAUAAAAAGACAAGAAAAUUGAAGAGCGUUUUUCACCUGUACGAGGAGUACUAACGGAUCGUCUUAAAACUGGUCUAGGAAAAAGCUUGGUGUGUGUGUGUGUUACGGACAAUUAACUGUUAAAGUUACUGUAAGUUAUCUGUAUUUAGCAGAGUAUUUUCAUCUUGAGUGAUCUGAGCUGAAUUUGAAGACUAUUAAGUUAUAUUUGGAAGUUUUAACUUCAAUGAAGUAAUUAUUUGCUGUGAAAGAAACAAACAUUGAAUUACUAAACAAAGAUGGUGCAAUAUCUUUGUUGUCGUUGUUGUUGUUGUUGUUUUUUAUGAGGCUCCCGAGAAGCUCCCCACCCGAAGCAUUUCAAUUCACUUGAAUGAGUAUCAAAAGAGCCCGAGAAGACACUGGUAUGAAAGGUACAAUCUCAGAGGUUGGUCAGUUACCGUGGCACACUUUCUGGUCACUUUGUACAAUGUAGAUUUGAAGUACAGUGGUGAGAACAUUAAACGUGACAUUUGAAAAUGA